GAAUGGAAAAGGAGCCGGCUGACUCUCCUCUGGAUCUGAGUCACCUGACAGAAGAGGAGCAGUCAAGCAUCCUGAAGGUCUUACAGCGGGACCUGGAGCUGCAACGCCUCGAUGAAGGACGUGUAAGGAUCCUUGAGGAGACAGAGACAGACCCUGCACGUCUGCGCUCCCUGACGGGGGUGUGGUUCGACGAGGAGCGCAGCAAACGCCACCGCAACCGGGCGUCAGUCUGCACCCUCGUCCAUGCCACCCUCCGCCACAGAAAAACCAAGAGCAGAGAUGUGUCCCUGACUGAACUGUUCAAUGGCGAGAGAGAGGAAACCUCGCACAACAACAACAACUCCUCUCCUGAGGCUGAAAAAAGACUGAAAGACAGAAGAGAGCAGAGUGCAGGAAGUCAGGAGAGUUUUAAAAGUUCUCCAACAUCCAGAACAAAAAUUCCCAUAACAAAGGGUCUCCCGUUUAGAAAUAGUUCCUCCUCAUCCAAAGAGUAUGAAAGAAGUAAUGGCCACUCAGAGGAUCUUGAGGAAGACUACGGGGACUAUGACUCUCUGAGCAGCAGCCUGACAGAGCCAGCUUCUCUGAAAAACAGCAGCUCCACUGGCAGUCUUCAGUCGGGCUACAUGCUCACUGGGAGCAUGAUGAGUCUGUUCAGCUCAGGGGAUUUUGGAUUAGUGGAGGUGAGGGGCCGUAUUCUGUUCUCAUUGGUUUACGACACCCAGAAGGAGGAGCUGCAGGUGAAAGUGAAUCGCUGUGAGGACAUCGCCUUGGCACGCAAGAAUCGCUCUGAUCCAUAUGUUAAAUCCUAUCUCCUGCCCGACAAGUCGAGUCAAAGUAAGAAGAAAACCUCAGUGAAGAAGAAGACAGUGAACCCUGUCUAUGAUCAGACGCUCCGAUAUAAAGUGCGUAAGGGAGAGUUACCAAGCCGGACCUUGAACCUGUCCGUGUGGCACGCUGAGCCCCUGGGGAGGAACGUGUUUCUGGGGGAGGUGGAGGCCGCUCUGGGCCUCUGGGACUGGAGCUGCACUCAACCACUUUGGCAAGACCUGCAACCCAGGGUUCAUUUGAAUCCAGACUCCAUUAGCAGCCGUGGGACCAUCGUGCUCUCGAUUAAGUUCAUCCCAGAUGGAUAUGAGGGUGGCGGUCUGCCUCUAACAGGAGAGCUCCACAUCUGGCUUCGGGAGGCUCACGGUCUCCUGUCCAACAAAGGAGGUGCUAUAGACUCCUUUGUUAGAAGCUUCAUCCUCCCAGAUGCUAGUCGGCAGAGUGGGCAGAAGACGCGGAUGACAAAGCGCUCCAUCAGCCCCACAUACAACCACACUAUGGUCUACGACGGCUUCCACACCAGCGACAUGAGAGAGGCCUGUGCUGAGCUGACUGUGUGGCAGCGUGAAGGGUUAAAAUCACACGUGCUGGGAGGGAUUCGUCUGAGCUGUGGAACUGGUCAGAGUUAUGGGGAGGAUGUCAGCUGGAUGGACUCUACAGUGGAAGAGGUCGCUGUGUGGACCUCCAUGAUCACAAACCCAAACCACUGGAUUGAUGCAACACUACCAAUCAGAACAAACCUCACACACCGAUCAGAGUGACACACACACUCUUUGUACACAUACACACAUGAUACAUUCUAUAUGUUUCUAUAAUGAGUUAAAUGCAAGGACACUAAGCACUAAGUGCACUUAACCUCUGUGUCACAAUGAUUUGCUGUUUUUUUUUUAUAUACUGUACGUACACUCACACAAAGGAGGCAGUAGUGUGGCAAUGUUGUGAAUUCAUGUUGUAGAAAAAAAGUAGUUUCUAAAUAAGAUCCGUCUACAUUUCAAAUGUUUUACUUUCAUGUUUUGAAUCACUCUGUGUCUAAUUUUGAAAAACAUUCUUAAUGUUUAAUCUAUUGUAUUUUAUUAAUUAAAUAACAAACCAAUAUUGAUGAAUCAUUCAGUGUUCCUGUUUCCUCUCCUACACAGAGAAAAUGAAGAUAGGAGAGUAAGCUGACUACCACCUUGUGGUCAGACUUUAUACUUCUUUCCUUGACUUUUUUCUGGGCAAAUGAAAAUGGCAACAGUGGAGAAUACCGAGCACGAGCAUGAGAACAGAGGUUUAAUGUCCGUUGAUUUACACUCACCCUUUUCUUUUAUUGUUCUUUAUAUCAGAACAAACUGUUGUUUAUUCAUCCUCCAAUUCAACAUUGGGCAGUGUCUUAAUAAAUGUCCAGACUCCAGUCCAGCAGAUAGCGGUAUUUUGAUUCUUGUCUCUUACUGGCGUGAGACCGGAAGUAUUGCUAUUCCCCUUCCAAAAUAAAGUCUUGAGAAGGCAAUUGUAUAUCAUGAAUUUCCUUAACUGUAGGAAAACAGGUGUAUCUUUUUUGUUGACUCGAUACCAAAUAUUUGUGCUCCACUACCAUGAACAUUUCUGGUGUAUCAAAGAGAACAGACAUUCUUUAAGAAUGUCUUUACAAUGUUCAGUAAGUACAGACAUAUUUUACCAAUGGUUUUUGGAUUAUUUUGAUCAAUCCAUACAUUUUUACAUGAACUCUAUUAGCCUUUAGAGAAAUAAUAGAAUUUGCCCUCCUAAUAAAUGUGAACACUGAUUGAAUUAAAAUAAUGUAUAUGAAAGCAAAUUAAUUUAGUGAGGUUUCCAGUUCUGCAUCUGAAAAAUGAUUAAAAAACACUUUUAAGACUUUU